AUGUCUGUGAAGUUACAGGCAGAAAUUGACAAAUAUAAGCUGGUGGUUCCUGUCCUUAAGUAUGUUCGUGGCGAGCACUUGUCACAAGACCAUUGGCUUGACCUCUUUAGACUUCUUGGACUUCCAAAGGGAACUACUUUGGAAAAGUUGCUGUUUGGAGAUUUACUAAAAGUAUCUGAUAUGAUAAUAUCAAAAGCUUCAGAACUCAAAGAUUUGAACAGUCGAGCCCAAGGAGAAAUAACAAUUCGAGAAGCCCUACGAGAACUGGACAUUUGGGGGACUGGUGCGGUGUUUACCUUAACGGAUUAUGAGGACAGCCAUAAACAGAUGAUAAAGCUAAUUAAAGAUUGGAAAGACAUUGUCAAUCAGGUGGGGGACAACCGUUGUCUCCUCCAGUCUUUGAAAGACUCUCCCUACUACAAAGGUUUUGAGGAUAAAGUAUCCAUUUGGGAGAAAAAACUGGCAGAACUCGAUGAGUAUCUUCAAAAUCUCAACCAGAUUCAGAGGAAAUGGGUCUACCUGGAGCCCAUUUUUGGUCGUGGAGCCCUUCCAAGAGAAGAAGCUCGAUUCAACAGAGUUGAUGAAGACUUUCGGUCUAUAAUGUCAGAUAUAAAAAGAGACAACAGAGUGACAAUGUUGACAUCACGGGUUGGAAUAAGAAACUCUUUGAUAACUAUCCUGGAUCAGCUUCAGAGAUGCCAGAAAUCCUUGAAUGAGUUUCUGGAGGAAAAGCGUUCAGCUUUCCCCCGAUUUUAUUUUAUUGGAGAUGAUGAUCUGCUUGAGAUACUGGGCCAGUCCACUAACCCCACAGUCAUCCAGUCACACCUUAAGAAACUUUUUGCUGGAGUGAAUAGUGUUGAUUUUGAUAAUGACUUCAAGAACAUAGUUGCC